AUGAGCAACAGUGCACGGUAUUAAACUUAAAUGAAAAAUCUCGAAUCUAUUUUAAUAGAUAUCCCAGAUAAUUGUUGGUGGCAAGAAUCAUAACAACAAAUCAAACAUGAAUUUUUCAAUAUUUUUGAACUUGGUAAUGAUGUUGAGGAGAUUCAGAAAAUGAAAAAUUAAGAAUAAAUAAGAAGUUUCCAUAAAAGAAUUAGAAUGAUUGGAGAUGAGAUAAAAUAAUGUUUUUCCCAGAUUAAUAAAGAAUAAUUUAUCGAUAACUCUUAAUAAAAAAUUAGAAUUAUUCUUUAAAAAAAUUUCUAAAUAAAAAAAAAUUAGGAAUUAUUUAACGAUAUCACACCACAAUAUUUAUAGGAUUUAUUCUAAAAAAUAACUCCAUAAAAUUUCUUUAGUCAAGCUCUUGAAACUGCGAUUGAAUUUAAAAAUGAUAUUCAAUCCAAGUUGAAUAUGACAAACUACGUUUAUUAAAUUAGAGAUUAAAUAAUUUAUCCUUCGACUGAUAUAGUAUAAAAAAUUUAGGAUUUUUAAAAUUCACUUGAUGUGAAUAUCUGUAAAUUUAAUACAUAACCAAAAAAUUUUAUUUCAAAAGGUUUUGAGGUUAAUGAAUAAAUCUUGGAUCUGUCUAUGGUUUUAAGUUAUUAAAUUUAGAAAGACUAAAUAAGUAUCUUAAAUCUUCUCAAUUUAGAUAAUACAUCUAUAUUCUAUCUAUGUUUUGAUAAGAUCAGGGAAAUGUUUACAAGAGACAAUUAUGGAAGAGAAUAAAUAAAAAUUAAAGAAGAAUAUUUUUCGUAUAUAUGCCUUAUUUUAGGUUAUAGUUUCAUCUUCUAAGAAACUCUGAUGAAAAUUAAUAAAAACUAUAUUAUUGACAAGAUUCAUGUACCUAAAAGUGUUUACAAUGUUGAAUAGUAUUUUGUAUCUAGAAAACAAUAAGAAUAAAAUCAAUUAGAAAAAUUAGCAAAUAGUGAAGAUACUUAUUAAUUUAAAUAUUUUUUAAGUAAGUUCACAUAAUAAUAAACAAAACUUUUCGAGAAUGAAUUAAUAUUUAAUGAACUUAAUAAGUAAAAUAGAAUCUCAGAAACAUUGAAUGAACUGAGAAAAUGUUAGAUUAAUGGAAAGAAAAUUGAUUAUGCACAAAUUAUUCUUAUCGGUUAAAAUAUAAUUAAAAAUUAAGUUCAGAGAAACUGUACUAUAGAAGAAUUGAAUAGUGAUGAAGGUUUCAAGAGAAUGUUAUUUGCAGAUCUGCUCACAUUCCAAAUUUAGUUUUAAAACUUAUAAUUUCUAGCUGGCUAUGAUCUAUUUUAUGAUAUGAUAAAAUAUCAAACAUCUCUAAAUCCUGAUAUUGGAAAAAAAGGUUGGGGAAGAGGCAUUAUGGAUGUAGAAUAACACGACAAGAAUAUUUAUGCUAAAAUAUUUAAAAAUUUAGGAGGCUUAUUUUAUUUUGAUUUUGAAGGAAAAAUCAAUAUACUCUAAAAAUAAAACAUAUUUAUCAGUGGAGAAUAUUUUAGCCCAUGUAGAUAUUAUGAAUAUAUCUAAGACUCUAACAUCUAAUAAUAAGAGAGAAAUUUGUAUAACAAAUUUUAUUGUUAGAUAAUGUAAUAAAAUUUAUAAUACGGAGCAAUUAAAUAAUUAUUCUAACAGCCCUUUGCCUUGAAUUAUUUUAUUGAGAGUGGGUUAAUAAUAAAUAAUUUCUGGAAAAAUAUCAUCACAGAUAUUGAUGGAAAUUUAAAUAAAAAAUCAUUAGACAAUAUGUUAUUUAUAUGCUAAAGAUAAAGUAUGUUUUAAAAAUAAGUUUGGGGCUAGAAAAUAUGUCGUUUAGAUUUUGGAAUUAUUUUUAACAAUAUGUAUAAUGAUAAAUAGAUUGUCACAAAUAAUAAGCGUCAAGUAUAUCUGUAUGGUUCCGAUAAACAUAUGUUGACAAAAGAUCAACAAGAUAUAUUUUUUUAAGACCAUGUUGAUUUUUAUUUAUAUUAAAAUAUAUUCUUGGAUAUAAAUUUAUAAAAGUUGAUUAUUCAAUAUAACGACUUGUUUGAUCCUAAAGAUAAUCGUAGUAAUAAAGAAUUUUUGAAAGAAAAUAUGAACAAAAAAUAAAUAAAUUAUUAAAAGUAAUGGAGCUUUAGAUUCAUUAAUACUGUAUCGAAUAAAUACAUUUUAGAAUAGUGUAUUUGCAAAGUCGAUGGAAGUACCGAAAAAUUCGAUAGUUUAGUUCCAAACAACAUACAGAGCGCACAAAUAUAGUAAGGGUAAAUCUUCGAAGGAGAUUAGGAAGAAGAAGAAAAAAUUUAAUAUAAUCAAUAAGAAAUUUAGAAUUAAGAAUUUUAAUAUUCUGCCUUAGAGUAUGACAUUACUGCUAUGUAAUAUAUUGAUGAUCUCGAAAAUAUUACAAAGAGAAGAUUUAGAAAAUAAGAUGAAUAGGAUAAUCAUGGGAUUGAAAAUGAAAAUUAUGAAAAUUAUGAAAAUUAUGAAAAUUAUGAAAAUUAUGAAGAUUAUGAAGAUUAUGAAAAUUAUUAAUCAGAUCAGUAAGCUAUACCUUAUGACUAAGAAGCUAUACCUUAUAACUAAGAAGCUAUACCUUAAAACUAAGAAGCUAUACCUUAUGACUACUAAGAAGCUAUACUUUAUGACUAAGAAGCUAUACUUUAUGACUAAGAAGCUAUACCUUAUAACUAAGAAGCUAUGACCCAUAACCAAGAAACAAAUGAAAUUCAACAAUAAUCCGAAUAAUAACUCUAAAAUGAAUAAAUAGCCUUCGCAGAAGAAAUUGAAGAAAUUGAAGAAUUAAGAAGAAAUCUAUAGGCUAUGGAAAACGGAGAUUUUUUCGGUUUUGUCUGA